AUGAGACUAUUUAUCUUCUUUGCUAUACUUACAAUAGCCUAUGCCGGAGGCGACAUCUUUGCAAUUCGAGACCUGAUACCUAUGUUAACUAACUGGACAGACAGAGCUCAACUUGAAGUUCUAAUGAGAGACCAGACGACACCGCGAUCCCAGAUUCAGGCACAAGUUCAAGAAAUCGUGGCUCGACAGUCAGAAGACGUUCAGAAUGCAUACCGUAUUCUGUACGAGAAUCGUCAGAAUCAGAUACAGCAAUGGAAUCAGCGAAGAUUGCAACGCAUCCGUAACAGAGGAUCUAAACAAAACUGCGUUGCUAACUUCGAAGAAAUGACGGUGAUAAUGAAUGAUCUGUCGCUUUCUCAAAGCCAAGUGGACGAGAGAAUUCAGGAACUCUAUUCAAAACCUUGUCCCAUGAUGACUUCCACUGCUGCUGCCUAA